AGAGGCCAGGGAAACAGCCCUGCCCCUUCUCCCCCGUCCCUCCAUCCACCCAGCACCAGCAUCUGGAGAUCCCAUGGCCCGGGCUCGCUGGGGCUGCUGCCCCUGGCUUGUCCUCCUCUGUGCUUUGGGUGCCUGGGGCUACCCAAAACAAGUGGACCUGAGAGGAGAGGAUGUGAGAAACUGUUCCCUCAGCCCUCCGUACCUUCCAGUUACUGCGGUCAAUACCACGGCGCAGCUCACAGCCCUCCGCCAGCAGAUGCACGUCCAGAAUCUUUCUGCCUACAUCAUCCCCGAAACAGAUGCCCACAUGAGUGAGUACAUCGGCAAUCGCGACAAGAGGCGUGCGUGGAUUACGGGCUUUACAGGGUCUGCAGGAACUGCAGUGGUGACCAUGGGGAAGGCAGGUCUCUGGACCGACAGUCGUUACUGGACCCAGGCUGAGCGGCAGAUGGACUGCAACUGGGAGCUACAUAAAGAAGUUGACAUAGCUUCCAUCACCACCUGGCUCCUCACUGAGGUUCCUGCCGGAGGGAGUGUGGGCUUCGACCCCUUUCUCUUCUCCAUUGGUUCCUGGGAGAGUUAUGACAUGGCCCUCAAAAACUCUAACAUACAACUGAUGCCCAUCACAGCCAACCUUGUGGACCUGGCGUGGGGGUCACAGAAGCCUCUGGUUCCAAGCCAGCCCAUUUAUGCCCUGCAGGACGCAUUCACAGGGAGCCCCUGGCAGGAGAAGGUAGCUGGCAUCCGCAGCCAGAUGCAGAAGCAUCGCAAGGGCCCAACUGCCGUCCUUCUGUCGGCACUCGAUGAGACAGCCUGGCUCUUCAACCUCCGUGGCAGUGACAUCCCUUAUAACCCCUUCUUCUAUUCCUACACACUGCUCACGGACUCCUCUAUCAGGUUAUUUGUAAACAAGAGUUGCCUUGACUCUGAGACCCGGAAGUACCUGAACUCCAGCUGCACGGGCUCCAUGUGUGUGCAACUCGAAGAUUACAGCCAGGCCCGCAGCAAUGUCCAGACCUACGCCUCCGGAGACGUGAAGAUCUGGAUCGGGACCAGCUAUACUACAUACGGGCUCUACGAAGUGAUACCUACGGAGAAGCUCAUAGGAGACACCUACUCCCCAGUGAUGGUGACCAAGGCGGUGAAAAACAGCAAGGAGCAGGCCCUCCUCAGGGCCAGCCAUGUACGGGACGCGGUGGCUGUGAUCCGCUACUUGGUCUGGCUGGAGAAGAACGUGCCCAAGGGCACGGUGGAUGAGUUCUCAGGGGCAGAGCUGCUGGACCAGUUCCGCAGAGAGGAAGCAUACUCCUCAGGACCCAGUUUUGAAACCAUCUCUGCUAGUGGCCUGAACGCUGCCUUGGCCCACUACAGUCCGACCAAGGAGCAGCACCAGAAGCUGUCUUCAGAUGAGAUGUACCUGCUGGAUUCUGGGGGGCAAUACUGGGAUGGAACCACAGACAUCACCAGAACAGUCCACUGGGGUACCCCCUCUGCUUUCCAAAAGGAGGCAUAUACCCGCGUGUUGAUAGGAAAUAUCGAUCUGUCCAGACUCGUCUUUCCUGCUAGUACAUCAGGGAGAAUGAUGGAGAUCUUUGCCCGCAGAGCCUUGUGGGAUGUUGGGCUCAAUUAUGGUCACGGGACAGGCCAUGGCAUUGGCAACUUCCUGGGUGUGCACGAGUGGCCAGUGGGAUUCCAGUCUGGCAAUAUCCCCAUGGCCAAGGGCAUGUUCACUUCCAUCGAACCUGGUUACUAUCAGGAUGGAGAAUUCGGGAUACGUCUUGAAGAUGUGGCCCUUGUGGUAGAAGCAAAGACCAAGUACCCAGGGUCCUACCUGACCUUUGAAGUGGUGUCCUUGGUGCCCUAUGACCGGAACCUCAUUGAUGUCAGCCUGCUGUCUCCCGAGCACCUCCAGCACCUGAACCGCUAUCACCAGACCAUCCGCGAGAAGGUGGGCCCGGAGCUGCGGCAGCGCCAGCUGCUGGAGGAGCUCGAGUGGCUGUGGGAGCACACCAAGCCCCUGCCCGCAAGGGCACCGCGUAUGGCCUCCUUGGCCUGUCUGUGGGCAGUCGCCUCUCUUACCGUCCUCGGCUGGAGUGUCUAGACGCUCAGACUCCCCGGCCAACCCUUGAGCUCGGCUCC